AUGUUUAUUGUUUUAGCUAUAAUAGGAGCUAUAACCGUGGCUGUAUUCGUUAUAGACUCAUUAUGGAGCGUAUUCGAACUAGUAACCUCGUAUCUUAUGCCAUACUUCAUUCCUACGGAAGUGUUACCCUUAUCGAAGAGAUUCGGGUCUUGGGCCGCCAUCACCGGUAGCACGGACGGGAUAGGCAAGCAAUACGCCCUGGAACUAGCUCAGAGAGGCAUUAAUGUAGUACUCAUCAGCCGCAACCCUGACAAGUUGAAGAAUGUAGCUGAGGAGAUCGAGAAACUGCACAGCGUCAAAACAAAGAUAAUUGUAGCUGAUUUUAGUAAAGGAAUAGAAGUGUACCAGCAUAUAGAAGAGCAGCUGAAAGAUAUCCCUCUAGGCAUAUUGGUGAACAAUGUCGGUGUCCAAUACGAUUAUCCGAUGCCAUUAUGCGAACUACCUAUUAGCAAGGCUUGGGAAAUAAUAAACGUGAAUGUAGUCGCUGUUACUACUAUGACGCGAAUGGUUCUUCCUGGCAUGGUGGAGAGAGGGAAGGGCACGAUCGUCAACGUGUCCUCUGGCUCGGAGUUACAGCCUUUACCUCUUAUGGCAGUUUACGCUGCCAGUAAGGUAUACGUCCGUAACUUCACCUUCGCUGUGCGUGAAGAGUAUGCCUCAAAGGGCAUCUAUAUCCAACAUCUCUCACCUUUAUUUAUUUCUACGAAAAUGAAUGUAUUCUCGCAGAAACUACUAGAUGGCAACCUGUUAGUCCCAGAUGCGACUACUUACGUCCGUAAUGCUAUAACAACCUUGGGUAGAGUCCAGAACAGUACCGGAUACUGGUUGCAUGGUAUACAGUAUUUCUUCAUCAAGUCGGCACCAGAAUGGGUCCGGUCAAAAAUCGGCGCGUAUCUCAACCGUGGUUUCCGGGAAGAGCACAUGCAAAAAGUCAAAAAUAAGGCUCAA